AUGUCACUAAUUACUCUCCAUCUUAUUGCAUUUCUUGUGUUCCUUUGUUUAUACAUUUCAUUCCCACUUACUAUAACUGAAACUCCAAGAAACCUUGCAAGUGGUUUUGAUUCUCCAAUUCACAAAGAAACAGAAGAAGCGUUAAAACCAUAUUUAAAACCAUACACCCUUCCAUUUUGGAUUUCAGGAGGAAUUCUUCAAACUAUUAUAGGAGGUGCGGUUCGUUUUAAAUGCCCAAUUAUUGAAUUUGACAGAACAAUGGUUAAUGCUCCUGAUGGAGGUGAAUUUGCUAUGGAUUGGGGACAGAACCAAGAACAAUUACCUGAAGACGCACCUAUACUACUUAUCUUCCAUGGGCUUGCUGGUGGUUGCAGAGAGCCAUAUAUUCAACGAAAUUCAUUUUAUGCAAUGAAAGAAGGUUAUCGAUGUUGUGUAUUAACUAAUAGAGGGUGUGCAGGAACAACAUUAAAAAUACCUAAAGCAUAUCACUCAUGCUUAUUUGAUGAUCCUAUGCAAGCAAUUAAUAUUAUUCAUCAAAAAUAUCCAACAGCACCAAUAGACUUAAUGGGAUAUUCAUUAGGAGCAAAUACAAUAUUAGGAUUGGUUAGUAGACAUUCUAAAUUUUGUAAAGAAAGAAAUAUUGUGUGUUGUGUUGCUAUUUCACCAUCACCAUACCUUAUAUCUAUGAUGUUAUCAUUAUGCCCUGCAUUAGAUGAAACGUUUUCUUCAUUUGAAUUAAAAUUAGUUAAAAAGAACCAAAACGCUUUCUUAGAAGAAAUUAAGAAAGGAAAAAUGGUUGGUGAUGUUCCAAAGAUUUAUAUGUCAAAAUCAAUGAAACAAUUUGAUGAUGGUUUUACUUCAAAGGCUUUUAACUAUGGUUGUCCUGCAAAUUAUUAUUAUGAUGUAGAACAAAUGCACCACUUUCUACCUAAAUGUUAUAUUCCAUGUAUAUCUCUUAAUUCAGCAGAUGACCCUGUUGCUAUUAUGACACGUGCCUUAUUUGAACGAUCAAGAACUAUUGCAUCUGUUUCACCAUUUUAUACUCCAUUAGCAACAAAGACUGGUGGACAUCUGUCUUGGACAUUUAAAGAGGGAGAAAAAGGAUAUUACGAUGAUUUAUCAUUAGGUUUUAUGAAAAAGAUGAAUGAAUUAUUUAAAUCAGGUAAGUUGAAUGAAAUCCAACAAGAAUUUCUUCAAUUAAAUGAAUUAAAUUAA